GAGUUGUUCAAAAAAAAUUUAAGAACUUUUUUUGGGAGGAAAAAAAAGAGAUAAGAUUUUUAUUUAUAUAUUUUUUUCAGUUUUGCCUUGGCUUUCACGAAGGCUGUCUCUUUCUCUGGCCGCAAUAUAUCAAAAGUCGCUUUUUCUUUCAUCUUUUUUAGAGAUUUGUAAAGCAAAACGGAAGAGAUAAUAGACGAGGAGAAAAGCAGACGUAUCUGUGUUUUGUUGUUUUGUUCAUCUCUGGUUCCAAGACUCAAACUUUGGAUUCUCUCUUCUUCUUCUUGUCUUUCCCUUUUGUAAUAGUUUCUUAAAAUCGAGAGAAGAGAGAGGAGAUGUAUUAUCAGUUGACCAAGUCUUCUUACAUGGACUCUUUGAAGAUUCUUGAGGCUGACAUCGAGCACGCCAAUGGACUGGCUGCUGAGAUUCCCAUGGGAAAGAGCGGUGUUCGACUUCAGAUGAAACUGGUCUGCAGCAAUUUGGCUCCGUUCUUCAUAUUCCUCCUACAAUGGAUGGAUUUCUCAUGUCUCCUCCCAAGAUAUUUUGAUUUCUUCCACAUACUCAUCUACAAGGUACGUGCUGAUGGGAGGUGGAAUCGAUCCAGGUACGGAAGGAAAGCUACAAUCAGAGAGUUCUACGGUGUUAUAUUACCAUCACUAGAGCGUCUUCACAUCAACUUCUCUGACUCACCAGGCGACAACACAUUGUGGUAUCCCAAUCCAAAAGCCAUCACGUAUGACAUCGAAGGCAACAGAUUCAUGACUAACAGCGUUGACUCUGAGAGAGAAGAAGAAUGUGGGAUUUGCUUAGAGCCUUGCACCAAAAUGGUGUUGCCUAACUGCUGUCACGCCAUGUGCAUCAAAUGUUAUAGGAACUGGAACACCAAGUCCGAGUCGUGCCCGUUUUGUCGAGGGAACAUCAAGAGAGUUAACUCGGAGGAUCUUUGGGUGCUUACUUGUGAUGAAGAUGUGGUGGAUCCAGAGACUGUUACGAAAGAGGAUCUUUUUAGGUUCUAUCUACACAUUAAUAGUCUGCCUAAAGAUUAUCCUGAAGCUGUCUUCUCAGGGUACAACGAGUACUUGAUAUGAUUUUAUUGUGGGAAGACACAUCAGUGGUGGGUGGGUGUAGAGAGAGGGGGAGAGGAAGAUCCCAGACCUUUGACUAAGUGUAUAUAAGAUUCUGGUGAUCCAAGAUUUUCCCUUCAUUUUUCUAGAUUAUGGUUAAUAAGAUGAUUGUGUACCCUUUGUUAUGAAAUAUUAAGAGAGAAAAUGUUUUUUCGCUGUUA